AUGCUGUUUAUAAAAGAGUUACUAGAGAACUUCUCGCGCAUCCCAAUCCUUCCCAGCCUCUCACACACUUCCUAAAAACCCCUUCUCAAAGACCAUCAACAAUGGCUUCCACCAACCAAAACUCUCUCGCUGUACAAUUUCGCAACCUUCACGCGCCCGGCGACCCAUUAAUCCUCGGUAACGUCUACGACGCCGCCACAGCGUCCAUCAUCGCAUCGCUCCCCUCCGCCAAAGCCGUUGCAACCGCCAGCUUUGCCAUCGCAGCGACCGAAGGCGUGUAUGACGACGAUAUGACGCGCGAACAGAACCUCGUUGCGAUUAAAAAAAUUGCAGCGGCCGUGGUGCCCAAGAACUUGCCGCUGACGGUGGAUCUGCAGGAUGGUUAUGAGGAUGUGAAGGAUACGAUUCGUCAAGUUGUCGCUAUGGGUGUCGUUGGAUGCAAUCUUGAGGACGUCGACACCAAGACUCGGAAGCUGCGAACAUUCGAGGAUGCAGUACAGCGAGUGAAGCUUGCUGUAGAGGCAGCGAAGGAGGCUGGUGUGCCCGAAUUUGCUAUCAACGCGAGAACGGACGUACUGGUUUUCGGUGGGACGAUUGAGGAGGCCAUCGAGAGAGGAAAGGCAUAUCUGGCUGCAGGAGCAAAUACCGUGUUCGUAUGGGGAGGCCCCAGUGGUAGGGGUGUUUCCAGGGACGAGGUCAAGAGACUUGUCGAUGCAUUUGACGGACGACUGAAUGUUAUCCUGCGGUUUGGGGAGGGAUACCUGACGGUUACAGAGUUGAGGGAAAUUGGAGUCGCUAGGAUCAGCGUGGGUCCAGGUCUUUAUAGGAUCGCCAUGGCUGCUUACAAGGAGGCCGCAGAAUCACUACUUGGAGCAUAAUUGAGCCUCGUGUCCCUUGCCCGCGUUAAUAAACAUACCCUUGAAGCAUCUCCAAUUGGGGAGGCGUCGGACCAAAUUUGUGGGUAAGGGGGGAGCCCGCCGUUCGUCUUUCCUGCUCAUUGACCAGAAUUAGCUGCGUACAAAGCAAACAGUGUACGCUUUGCGUUCUUCGAUCAUGCUUGCUCUGUCGUCGUUAUCAUGCCCUUGUCCAUGACUCCUAAACAUUUGUCUCCAGGUUAAGCUUCUCAGGCAGUUCGACAUUCUUUGCUGUUUCUUUGUCAGGCGACAUGAAUGAACAACGUGUAUUGCCCUUCCGCUACUCAGUGGCAGGCGUAGCAUUAGUUUUGCUUCUAGAUGUGC